AUGUCUGCAGUGGGUACAGUGCUUGCAGAGUUCAAACUACUGUUGAACGAUUUGAGAAGAGGAUUUAGAAGAAGUGAAAUACGAGGAGGGCUUGAAAGUGCCAUAGAGAUACUCGAGAACACCCCACCCAGUGAUUUCUCAAAUGUGUUUAUUGAACAACAAAUCAGCUUUGUUAAUCCACUUGUGUCGUGUCUCACUCUUCACACGCCAAAGAUAUACUCUGACGCGAUGAACUGUGUGUCGAAAUUAGUGAUUCAGAAUUUGUUGACAAUGGAAGGCUAUAAAUUACUUCUCCCAGAAAUGGUGUCUUUCUAUGAAUUUGAUGAAGACCAAUUUACACGAAAUAUUCAGGUUAUAAACACAAUACUAACAACACCACUCAUCCUCGAAAUGAUCAAAGGCUCACUUACAUCUGUCGCAUUCAGUGCGCUAAUUUUGUACUUUGAAAACUCUCCUGCUAAUAUAAAGAAUUCCGUUUCCGUGACAUUUCCAUUCAUUCUUAAAACAAUGGCAGACGUCGCUAGUAACGAAAUCAAUGAUGUCAAAGUCAAAAAAGGAAUAUUAGUGGAGAUGAAAGAGGAUUGGGCGAUGACAAAUGAUAUUUUAAAUCUUUUUAAAGACCUGCAAUUUCUCUCUGUCGGCGUUUCUCCGGAAAAGCUCACAGUCGUAACGUUUGAUCCGACACUGUGUCUUAAAUUGAUCAAUUGUAUUCUUACUGAUUAUCCUCAACUGUUUAACAUUCGAGAAUUCAACCAAAGUCUCCAAACGUUGACUAACAUUUUAAUAAAACAUUUCACCCUUCGGUCGCAGACAUUAACGAUGUGUUACACUCUCGUGAUUUCUCUUUUAAAUUACUCGGUCAAAAUUCCGUUCUCAGUCGUCGUUCCCAAAGCGUACAGCGAGCCGUGGGAGGUGCAAUCGUUCUUUGCAAUAUGUAACAAUUGUAUACACAAAUCCCCAUCACCAGAGCGGUUGAUCAAUUGCACAACAACAGUGAGCGGGUACAUCGAGAACUGUAGUCCAUCGCUUUACCCAAAUGUGACACAGAUAUUAUCAGAUGUAAUUUCCGUUGCGACACCAGAAGAUGGCAAACUAAUUUCUGUGAUUUGGCCAUGUGUCCAUUAUCUUCUUACAAAUUAUCAAAACGAAGACGUCAUUUCUAUGUGUAUUCCACUGACUAUGUUACUUCUCCACCAAAAACUCCACACGGCUCUUGUGGCAAUAUUCACACAAAUCACUAAAAUAUCGGGGAUCAUUCAUGGCUUCGUUGGAACACCAAUUUCUCUUCACUGUCUAACAACGUUGUACACCAUCUGUAUGACUAACAUUGGACUGUUUGGCGAGGAAGAGUUCAUGAUUGUUCUCCCCGUGAUGGAAGCUGUCGGAAACUUAUCUCCAAUUCCAGAGAAAUUGUACCAAUUCAACGAACUUCCACAUUUAAUUGUCAACGAGUUGAGCAACGAAAGUAUAGAUUUGAUGCUUCACGCAUUAGGACACUUGUCGCGCACUGGGAGCGGGCGAUAUUACAGCCGCGAGUAUUUUACUGUGAUCAGAGCGAGGGGAGAUUAUGAAGGCGUGGUACAUCGAAACAUCGAAGACCUUAUGAUGUUUUGCACAAAAGAAGAGUGGAAAAAUAUGGCUGUUGAUUUUCUUGUGGAGAUGUUACGCGAACAUUUGAGCGAAGGAACGAUCUCAGUUAUUGAGCAGUUGAUGUGCAAAGGGAAUAAAGAGUGUGUGAGUGUUGUUAUAGGUGUGUUAUCAAGCGUUAUCGAAAGCAUAGAAAGUGAGAUGGGAGGGAAAUGGGGUACGUUAUUGAAAGGGAUAGGAGAGAGUAGUGAAGAGAAAGGGAACAUUGGUAGUUCAUUUGGUGUGAUCAAGCAAAUAGCGGGACAAGUGAGUGUGAUGGCCAGAGAAGAAGUUGAUAUACUUAUUGAAGUAGUUGGCAGAUAUUGUGUUCAAAAACGGGACACGAAUGUUUCAUUGUCUGCAAUUCAAUUACUUUGGGAUAUGAUGGAGAGUGUCGAUGGGAAUAUUGAUGAUGAAAUUAAAGACGUCCGUGUCAUGAAAAUUCUUCGUGAAAUGAAGAGAAGUAUUGGUGACGAAAGAUAUGUCAUCUGGAGUGGCGCUGUUCAAACACUUUUACGAGCGCUUGGCAAUAUCAUGAAAGUGGUUUCUGCGUCAUGUUGGGAACAAGUGAUCGAAGAGGUGUUGCUUCCUGUGCUUCAAGAAAUUCGUAGUGAUAUCUACUGUCGUGUGAACAACGUUGAAAUAGUUCCCGAUUUGAAAAUCGAGGAAGUCAAAAUCAUUUCGUUUGUAAUUCCAAUGAUGAGAGAGUGGAAUGACAUAGUUGUAGUAGUCUUGGGUGGUCUGAUUCGACUUGUUCCGUCUUUUGAAACAUUUUCAGAUACAUUGAAGAAGAAGGUAUAUGAACAGUUGAUGAAAUAUAUAGUUGUGGCAUUCUUUAAGCCAACGUACGUGACCGUCGAAGCUGUUGUAAAGUAUAUUGAAGUGAUCAAAAAGAACACAAGAGGUGAUUUAAAUGUUGAGGCAAUAAAAUUGGAGAGGAGCGUUGCCCAGAUGAUAUUUAACAAUAAUGGAAUUAACACCUCUUUAAUGCAGAUGCUCACUAACUGUUUUAAAGAUGACGAGAAUCUUGUGACGGUUGCGUUGGGUAUUGAGGCAAUUACAGUGUUCCCAGACGAUCACUAUUUGGUGGAAAACAAUUGGAGCAUAGCCCAACAGAACAUGAUCACGUGGAUGAGUGUAAUCAAUAAAGAGUGGAGUCCCGACGAACGCGUCGAGCUUGGAGAAGUCAUGAAGAAAUGCAUUUUAACGCUUUUGAAUUUGAGCUGCCCAAACCGUCGAGUGAAUGACACGAAGUGGUAUUGUCUGCCACGUCUUAUUUUUAUCUCACUUCGAUGGAAAUUAGAGAUGUGGGAUUGUAUUAAAGAAGUCAUAAUUUACUGCACAAAACACAUUGGAGAGGACGUUUCAGUGGUUUAUACUCCAACAGUCACUUUGUCGGAGACUCGUGAAGUGUGUCUUAACCGUCUUGAAAUUGGGGAAAGUUGGGAAAAGGUGAAGAUCAUUGGGAUUGUAUUUGAUAUGAAUGUGUUGAUGGUUGCGCCCAAAGGGUCUUUGUUUGACAUUGACAACAUCAUCUGUGGAGAGUUAUCACAAAAAUGGAUGAAGAAGGUCGUUGAGUGGUGUGACAGUGAUGAGUUCACUUUGGAACAACGAAUUUCCAUGUUAGAUGUGAUACUUGAAAACUGCAGGUUUUUCGAGUUUGGCCUCAAACAGAGUAUUUUUGCUUACGAGUCAAUCGUCAAGUUGAUGAACACAAACAUUAGCAAAGAAUUACUUCCAAAAUUUGUUGUGAUAUUGACGAAGUGUUUUGAUCGGUUUAAAGAAGAUGAAGAGGCUACAGUGAGGGAGGUGUGUUAUGUCAUGGAUGAUGUCUUUACUGUGGUCAUUGACAAUUUUGGUGCAACAUACCCAAGUGAAGUCAGUUCUCUUAUCAUCAAUGAGAUAUAUAAACUUACCAUCAAAAUGAUUUUGAGCACAAAUGGAGAGGUCAGGGUCUCUGCUUUUGCUGUAAUGAAGAAGUUGUCGACUGUGAUAUUGAAAUGA